AAGUGCGCGCCCCGGCUCCAAAACGGUAACAGGAAGGAAGAAGACCAUGCGAGAUCAGAGAACCCUGGAUGAGAACAGGACAAGUUCAGAGUCUUUUAAUUGUAUCUGAGGAAGGGCCAGAACAAGAACUAUUACGGUGUUCAGCUAUAUUACAGUACAUAUUCCCCACUCCCCUGUAUAACUUGACAGUAUAACACCUCCCACCAUGCCAUUGAUUGUGCUGCCCACCUCCCAGCUGCUGUGGGUGCGUGUGGCUGCACAGUUGUUCUCCUGCGUGGCCUUCAGUGUGGUGGCCCGUGAGGCCUCUCUCUCCCACGGGUUAGCAGACUGGUGUGUGUUCUGUUGGGCUUUCAGCUUCUCCAUGACCCUGCUGGUACUGCUGGUGGAGCACUUUGGCCUCCAGGCCCGAGCCCCUGUCUCCUGGAAAAACUUUCCCAUCACCAUGGCCUGCUACGCCACCCUGCUCUGCUUCUCCGCCUCUGUCAUCUUCCCUGUCUACUUCCUCAAGGGCCAGCAGAACCACGGGGAGGCCCGGGACAGACGCAUCGCCUCCACCGUCUUCUCCUGCCUGGCCACCGUGGCCUACCUGUGGGAGGUGACCCUGACGCGGGCGCAGCCAGGCGAGGUGGUGGGCUACAUGGCCACGUCUCCAGGCCUGCUCAAGGUGUGCCAGACCUUCGUGGCCUGCAUCAUCUUCAUGCUGGUCAGCGACCCAGUGUCGUACGAUCAUCACGCAGCGCUCAAGUGGUGCAUGGCGGUCUACUGUGUCUGUUUCAUCCUGUCGGCAGCCGUGGUGGUGCUGUGUGUCGGGGAGUGUACCGGCUUUCUCCCGUUCCCCUUCACACGCUUCCUGUCAGCCUAUGGCCUGCUGGCUGUUGUCAUGUACCUGACCGCCACCAUCAUCUGGCCCGUGUUCCAGUUUGACAAGAGUUACAGCCACAUCCAAACCCGUCAGCAGCCAACACUGUUGAUGGUUGCAGUUCUCACCGCUCUCAACUUCCUGCUCUACCUGGCAGAUCUGGCUUACUCUGCACGCCUGGUUUUUGUCAGUGUGUGAGGGAGGAGGGGGAGAGAUUGGAAGGGAAGGAGAGAGUGGGACAAAUGCUACUGUGUACAAUUCAUUCAGUUGUGAAAGUAUUUCUGCGUUGCCUUUAUCUUCAACAAGCAUCUCUUCAAAGGGUGUGACACUCUAGACCCAAACUGUUAUAGACCUAUAUCCAUCCUGCCCUGCCUUUCUAAAGUCUUCGAAAGCCAAGUUAAUAAACAGAUCACUGACCAUUUCGAAUCCCACCAUACCUUCU